ACGCGCACCUCACCGAGUUGGCUCAUCUCAACUCACAACUCGUUACCCAUCUCCAUCAUCUCUCCAACCGCUUUCCAUUUCGAAACCGUCAAGUCAACAAUGUCGCGGCGGUUCCAGAUCGGCGGCGAUCCCACACCUCCGACCACCCAAGACGACGACGUUCACGGCGGCGAUGAUCCCUCUCAACCCGACGACGUUCAAGACAAGCUUCCCUGUAAAGGCGACCACCUCAACGUCCCUUCUCAUCCCUAUCUCACCAAGAUUUUGCACAAACAAGGGGAUCAGCAAGUUCUGUUUGCUGAUAAGGUUUUGAAGUUCACUGGUUCAGGGAAGAUGAAAACCCGCAUUCUGUUGAUUACGGAUUUCGCAAUGUACAUUGUUGACCCGGAGACUGAUUCGCUUAAACGGAGGAUUGCACUUGCUGCUGUUGAGAAGAUUUGUCUAAGUAAAUUGAGUGAUAAUUUUUUGGCUGUGAUUAUUCCGACGGAGUAUGAUUUGCUCAUCGCGAGCGCGCGGAAGAGUGAAAUCGUUGCCGCGUUUGUUGAAGCUACUAGGAAAGCUUCUGAUUAUGAACUCGAGGUGGUUUGUUCUAAUAGGUUUGAGUACAAUGCAGCGUCUGACUUGGUUAAGGAAAUUGAAUUUGAGGAAGUUGAAGGAGGUGUCAAAACAAGAAUUAUUAGGCAAUGAACUUCAUAUUGAAUUUUUGUGAUGGUUUCUGUAAACUUGGUAGGAGAUACGUGCAGGAAGCGAUUUUUUUUAUUGAUUAUGUGGGAAGAGUUCUUUUGGGCAUAGCUUUUCAUUUCGUAGGGUUUAAUUACACUGUUAUUCCGAUAUUAGAACUUCUACAGUUUUCACCUUGAAACAAGAUUCAGCUGGAUGUAUGUCUUGUAUGAUAUGGAAUUAAAUCCAAGUUUUGGAUCUAAUACGAAAGUUGUGAUAUUUUAUAUUUCGUGUACAA